CACCAUUAUCAUGAUGUCCAUUCGUUCUUUACUCUUCGUGGUAUUCAUUUGUUUCUGGUAUAGUUAUGCCAAAGCAGAUACCAGCGAUUUGCAAAGCUGUGAAGCCCACUUAAAUAAAUAUCGAAAAUUCUUACUGCAAGCCAUACUAAGUUUUGAAGAUGUCUGUGAUGCCUACAAUACAAGAGCUUCACCACUAGUCGAUACAAAUUUGCCAGCACAACUAGCAUUCUUUGGACGCUAUCAGCCCACCGAACAAAAGUCUGAAGUUUGGUCAUUCUUCAAGUUAUUGAUGGCUCAAUUUAAUGACAUGGAAUUCACAAAUAUUAUACGUGAUGCUGUUAUGGAAAGAUGUCGCGUAAAAUACCAAAUGCAACAACAGCAAAGAGAUGAAAAACGCAAUUCAGUGGUGUUGGGCAAGAAACAACGUUUCCAUUCGUGGGGCGGUAAACGCAGUGGCAUUAACAGCAAUGAUUUGGAACAGGAACACAAUGAUGAAGGCAACUUAAGCUUUUAAAUGAACUCUUCUUGUUAACUACAAAAUUUAUAAUAAUUUUAAAGGGCUGAGAUAAUUGUAAACUUUGUAAAAAUUCGAAAUCGCUAUGAAAAUAAUCUAAUGAACUCGUCAACUUUUUGUACAAAC